AUGUUAGCUCAAGAUUUCCUGAGGAAAGAUGAUCGUAGUUUUCUGCCGACUUCCUCCUCCAAAUCAGCAUUUUAUUUCGGUCUCUUAGUAAUUGUCAAAUUUCUUCGUUGCAUUGGAAUAUUUAUUAUUGAUAUAUUAGCUAAACAAGUUCAUGUUGUUGGACUACUUUGGUUUUUCAAACUGGUUGCUUCGUGUAUUCUUAUACCGUUUCAAAAACCAUUCAAUCAUGGAAAGUCACUCAAAAGGGUUUUGGGCAUUAGGAUAGUGCAGUUAGCGCUAUGGAACUGCUUAAUCGAAGUUAUAUGGUUCUAUGGUAUUACUUUUUGUGGACCUUUGAGAUCCAUAUUGGUGUUCGAACAAAGUCCAUCGGUUAUAAUGGUCGCUUUGCUAACUUUAUUGAAAGGAAGCAACUCCUCAUCGAAAACCCGUGGAGUGAUUGCGCUAAUGUUAGGUUAUCUGUCCUUAAUUUUGAUGGAUAGCGAUGCUACGGUCGAAUCAAAUCACAAAUCAUCACACAGUCACCAGAGUGUUUUAAAUCAUUUAUUCUACCAUUUUAUUCAUAAUUCAGGAGUUUCGGACCACAAGGGAGGUGUCAUUUUGUUGAUCUUUGCGGUUUUGAUAAAAAUGGCAUACGACUCGUCAUUCCGCCAUCUGGCGGUUGAAAUUGGUGGUCCAAAAAGGCUCUAUUCGUUGGUGACACUUUUUUCUGCCAUAUUUUUAACACCAGUGGCAAUUCUUGCUUUUGCUAUGGGCGAAGUAUAUAUUACUUCUUUUAUCGAUUUUAUUCUUCUGUUGUUUAUGGGAUCAAUGUUUGUUAUGGUUUUCGACUUCUACACCGAAUCAUUUUGUUUCCAGCAUGUAGCUGAUCCGGUCUUGUCGUCAGCACGAUGGAGUCCGAUGAUAAUGUUUGUUUGUGCCUUUAUGUUCGCUUCAGCUUGGUAUACGGGUGAAAGUCAUCACGCAUCUGACGCUCACGUUAUUUCAGGCGGAGUAUUGUUGACGCUGUUAUGUUUCAUUAUCGCUUGUUUCUCCCUAACGUCCUCGACCAGUCCACGUUCCAGAGGUGGAUAUUAUGUUGGCUUAUCGGAUAAUGGAAUGCCAUUAUAUACUUAUGGUGAAGCAUUUUUGCAAAAAACUUCAAGAUCAAUAAUGCUGUUGAUCAAAGAAACUUUAGCGGAAAUACUGGCGAAUACAGAUUCUCGUAGAAUAUUUUGGUUCCUCUGUGCCAAUUUGUCAUUUUGUGGAAUUGAAUUUUUGUAUGGCUUCUGGACAAAUAGCCUUGGAUUGAUAUCCGAUGGUUUCCAUAUGCUUUUCGAUUGCUCUGCGCUUGUAAUGGGUCUUGUUGCUUCUGUAAUGUCACGGUGGCCUUCUUCAAAAUAUUAUUCUUAUGGGUAUGGGAGAGUGGAAGUACUCUCAGGGUUUAUAAACGCUUUGUUCCUUAUUGUUAUUGCGUUUUUUAUAUUUUUGGAAGCGUUAGAACGAUUGUAUGAUCCACCAGAUAUCAGCACUGACAAACUAAUGAUAGUAGCAGUUGCUGGUCUAAUAAUAAAUAUAUUUGGUAUGUUUGCAUUUCACGGUGCAACACAUGCGCAUUCUCAUGGCGAUGAUGGCAGUCAUUCGCAUUCGCAUUCGCAUAACAACGCCUCGCAUUCACAUUCACAUUCACAUUCUCAUUCUCAUUCACAUGGAGAAGCAAAUGCUAAUAUGCAAGGUGUUUUUCUACAUGUCCUUGCUGAUACGCUUGGUUCCGUGUUUGUGAUAAUCAGUACCCUAAUGAUUCAGUAUUUCGGUUGGAAAUGGGUUGAUCCAUUAUGUUCGUUAAUUUUAUCAAUGCUUAUUCUUGGUUCAGUAAUACCAUUAUUGAAACAAUCGAUGGCUACAUUAAUGCAGAAUAUGCCGCCCAAAACAGAGGAAGAAUUUGAACACAUUCUGCAUGAGAUUCUAAACAUGGAAGGUGUGAUGUCCUAUUCGAAUGUUCAUUUGUGGCAACUUAAAUCUGUUUUUAAUAUCGUAUCCUUGCAUGUUCAAGUUAGUGAUGAUGCAAAUGAUCAAAUCAUACGACUAAAAAUCUUAAAAAUUUUAAAAUCGAUCAAUAUCACACAGGCAUCAGUUCAGGUUGAAAAGGAAAAUUUUUUCCACCGAAUAUCUGCUCUUUGUCCAUCGUAUAAAAUUCCACAACGUAUAACAAAAGGUGUUGCAAUUGGUCACACUUCGGUUUCCGGUAAUUUUUGUCAUCAUAAUGAAGUAUGUGAUUGA